UGUUGCCAACUAACAGUUUUUGACGGUAUUAUUGAUGGUGUGAGGUCGCUUCAGUAUAUUGAUGGCUUGAAAAACUAGUACUGCCAGUACAUAUUGAAAGCUGCAGGCCCCUUAAAUGUCACGUCAUUCUUGUGAUGUGGUGUCAGUUACCUUUUGACCAAGGAUAUUAAAUUCUAACCGCCUUGCUUCGACCAUAGGUCGAAGUGUGGUGCUGUGAUGUAUCUCCAAAGUGUUAUCAUGUUGUUGGGAACGUUAUUUUGAAAGCAGAAGACAUGCAAAUUACAAGCUCUGAACACGACCAAAAUAAUAGCAUAUUUAGUGGCAGCUAGCAUUCAGUUGUCUUAAUCACUGAUGUACUGCCGAAAAUGUCGAAACAGCAUUGCGUGAGGUUUUUGAGACCACAGUCCACAAUUUCUUCGGGGUAGUUCGCAGUAAUAAAGUGUGCGAUGGUUGCUGUUUCGUGAGAAUGUGUAGCCAACACAGAGUAUAUAAUUCUAGAUAGUAUUUACCAUUGACAGCUAUUGGGAUAUCGACGUGUAAGUAGUCAAUAUGACACAAGAAUUAUCUGCUGUCACCGUCGUAAUCAUUAUAGGAUGUGGAGUUCUGGCCUUUGUAUUACUGUUCAUAUUUGCCAAAAGACAAAUCAUGAGAUUUGCCUUGCGUUCAAGAAGAGGCCCACACGUACCCAUAGGCCAUGGAGCGAAAAAGUCCUUAAGAAGAGAACUUGAAAGAAUGAUUGAUGUUAUUCCUCGUAUCGUAUAUGAGCCAAAACUUAUGACAGAUGAUGAUCCACAAUAUAUCCUUCAGCCCGGAACUGAGCUCCCACCACACUAUUUUAGACUGAAGGCAGUAGAUGAUGUGAGAUUACUAGAACAAGAAAUAACUAGGCAAGAUAACUGUUUGGUGAGGCAUCCACCCGAGAACCUCCGUGCUUUUCUACUUUCGGCACUGGCGGUGCCUUUGAAUGGGCUGGGACCAAAACUUGUUCAUCAAUUCUGUGAUCUGUAUGAACAUGCAAGACAUGAUCCAAGUGAAUUUGGAGAUGAAGAAUAUCAAAUGUAUUCAAAGUUACUCUUGAAACUAAUAGACGCGGGUAAGAUGCUGAAAUCAUAUCCCAAUAGUCGUAAAUCUAGCCCCAGCAGGACUCCUUUGAAGAGAAAUCAAGAUAAAUACAGGAACUUGCUGGACACAAAACUAAGGUCUGACAGGAAGCUAACAGAUGAAGUUCUUUGUGUUAAUGAGAAAGAGAUCAGGCCAUCUUCUCUCCCUGUUUCACCUGAUGAAAACAAUGAGACAUCAGUCUGAC